CAUGGCGGAAUGGCCAUGAGCACAUGAUGCAUGGUCAAAUGAUGGUGCUUGGCCUGGUGGGGGACAAAGCAGUCGUUCAUCGCAGACCGGAUUUCUUUAGACGAAAGCAAAGGAGGUCCCCAUAAUUUCCUAUCCAUUGGCAUCAGCGAUCACAAAGCGCACGUCUUUGCGAAACUAAUUAAGUAUUAGCUUCAUCAUCAUCGGUCAUCAGUGUCUGUGUGUAUUGUGUGUGAGAGAGAGAGCGCUGCACCAUUACAGCGCUUGAGUUUGGCGGCCCUGAGAAGAGAGACAAAAUUCAUAUAUCACCAACACUUUUUCUUAUUUUCUAAUCGGAUUGUUCAGUAGAAGCAAAUAAUUUGUCCGCAAAUGCCAAGUUUUCCAUGCGAAGAGAGGUACAGGUAGCGACUUCUGCAGCGUUGCCGGCGUCCGGCGUGUGAUUUUUCCGGUCCCGGUCGCCAUCAUCGGCAGAAGCGGGUUUCUCUUGUUGUUUGGCGAACACUGCUGUUCAUGUUUACUAUGGAUCAAGAUGUUGUUUUUGAGUGUCAAAAUCAAUCUCAAGUAACACUGAGGCAUAAAUUUGCUUCCACACCAAGUCUUAGCAGUAAGAAGGUAGAAGAGAAAGAUAGAAAAAGAUUACCUGUGAGCAGAUACCGAUACUUGAAUAGGUUGGAUGGCGAUUUGAGAGGAUUUAAUCGCAGUUACUCAUCAAGUCUUGAUUAUAAAAGCAUGAACUCCAGAAAGCUCAAUGCCAAUGGUGAUAAUGAAGUGGUGAAAAGAGGUUCCAUGUAUCAGAGCUCUAAGGAGGUCAGGAGAAUGAGAAAGCAACGAGAAGGGAGGAGGAAAGUAGACUUUGGGUGCAGUGAUGAUGCUUUUAUUUCAUUUGAGAUUGUAGAUCAUGUGCCUAAGCAUAUCGGUAGCAAAUCCAAUCAGUUUCCAAAUAAGCAGUUUCUAUCUCUUGUCAGUUCGAAUGCUGAUUCAGUUAACUUGAUCAGCACAAGAUGCACAGAGUUUCCGAAAUCUUCUUUCUGUGAUCUUCCUAACAAGCCUCCAAAUACUGACAACACUUGCUUAGACUUUAUGCCAGUGAAGGGCUGUGCUGUAGAUGAUUCUGUAGAAAUCUGCUCGCACUCUGUCAAACCAACUCCUAGACGCGUAGCUCCGGGGUCUUUAGAACCAGAUCUACUCAAGGAACAAAAGUCUCACUGCUAUGGAAAGAUUCAUCCUGAAAGUUACAUGAAAAAUAAUUGCGAAAGAGAUUCAAUAAAUACCCUUCCAAAAUGCUUGUCAGAAAAUGCAAAAAUAUCACAUGCUGUUUUGAAUUUGGAUCAUGGCAUGGCUGAUGCAAGUGUGUUGAAAACAGUGUUUACCCCACUGAAAAGAAUUUUUGAUCCAAUAAUGAAAACCAAAUCUCUGCGAGAUUCAUUCCCUGCCGCAACACAAAACUCUGGGAGCGUUUGUGUUCAUCCCACUGACAUUGGGCUGAAAGCAGUACCCGAGAAAUCUAUAUUAAAUGCGAUAUCUAUAAAAGAAGAGGAUAUAAAACCUGGUACAUGUUUAAUACGAGGGUCCGUACCUGCUGCUAUAUCCCCUGCUCAUCUACAUGGAAUUCUUAGAUUGGAUACAGAGAAUGGUUACCCUUCACUUGAGUUUUCUAUACAAGAUCCAGAAGAAGUCCUAUUUGCAAAGACAUGGAAAACUGAUAGCGCAUUUAAUUGGGUUUACACAUUUCAUAGCUCUAAGAAAAAGAUCAACACUAGUCGGCGGACUAAAGACAAUAAUGAGAUUUUGCCUCCAUUAAUUGGGCAGAUGCAUGUCUCUUUUUAUCUAUGCUCAGAAGUUAGAGAAAAUGGAUCAUUGUUCAACUCAACUGUAACAGAGUUCGUGUUGUACGACAUUGCAAGAGCAAGAAGGAACUUUUCUGUUGAAGAAAGAUCCAAGUGUUGUACAGAUUCAACCCAAGCUGUUUCUAGUAAUGUGGUGGAAGAUCGAAUACCAACAGCAACUCCAGAGAGAAACAAGUCAGUGGAGUAUCCAGAUUCGUCCAGACUUGGAUUAGAUAGUUGUGACUCCAAAGUUUCAACUUCUUUCCCGUGGUCGUCAAAAGAUUUGCAUCCACAACAUGAGAUUGCAGCAGUCGUGAUCCAAGUUCCCUUCAACAAGAAGGAAAGUCCAAAAGAUGAGAAAGGAUUUGGCCGGCAAGGAGACCAAAAGGCAGCUAAAUGUUCUCCAAUUGAUCAGAAAAAGAAAACCGAGAAUCAAAUGAAUCCUGCAACUAUAGAAGUUGUUAUGCCAAGUGGGAAUCAUGGCCUGCCUAAUACAGAUGAAGCUGGCCCGUCUUCACUUCUCGAGAGAUGGAGGUUUGGUGGAGGCUGUGAUUGUGGUGGCUGGGACAUGUCCUGCCCAAUUAUUGUAUUUGAUAAUCAAAGAGGUGAUGAUUGGAUAAGCCGUUCGACAUUGGAAUUUCAGGAACCCAUGUUGCUUUUCCUUAAGGGAAGCAAGGAAAAUUUACCCGCCCUGAUAAUAACGGCUGAUGAAAAAGGGCAAUAUUCAGUAUAUUUUCAUGCACAAUUCUCUGUGCUCCAAGCAUUUUCAAUCUGCACUGCCAUAUUGCAUUCCCCCGAAGUUUGUUCGGCCAUCGUCCAGGAAAAGACCAGGCAAAGUUUAUAUUCUAAUUCAUUGUGGUUGCUCUUUGAGGAGGAACCAAGGCAUUUGAUUGAAGCAGUUGAAAACGAAGAGCAAAGAAAAGCCAAAGAGGGAGUAGAGCAAACGUCUCCUCUAUUUUCCCUAGACCCCCCUCCUUUUUCUCCCAUCGGCAGGGUGUAGGUUUAAAGGUUGAAAUAUUCUUCAUAUAAAGAUUCAAGCUAUUGUGCUAGUCUUGUGCAUGUUCAUAACCACAAGUAACAAAAAAAAAAAACAAGAAGGAAUGUCAUGUACUGUAAAGAAAGAAGAUUGUAUUUUCAUCCGAUAGUUCCUGUUGUGAAUGACUAGAAUAACCAUCAAAUAUCAUAUGACGCCAAUACAUGAACUAUGAUUUGAGUUGAAGUCAUAUUGACGGUAUUUACUGACAAAGAUAUCCAUCAGCUCCGGCAUUAAUUGGAUGCCUUCAUGAGCAACUCACCAAAUGUCGAAGGAACUCUAUUAAAGAUUUCAUCAGCUGUUCAAAUUUGCACCUGAAGUAGCAGUUUCCAAAGCGAUUGGAAUGAGGAGAUGAAUUAACUGCAACCACAAAAACAAUUGAAAUGAAGUGUUUUUGUUUGAUCAAACGGAGUACUGUAAUUUGAAGAAUGGAUGUAGCUUAUGUUCUAUAAUGGAAGCUUUGCUAUGAACAUGGUUUACAGUUA